ACGUGCCGAUGGCUCCUGAAGAGUGAGCAGUACCUCAGCUGGCUUGAUUCGAGCAAGGUAAGUGAGCAUCACGGCUUCCUAUGGAUCAAGGGCAAAGCUGGGACAGGCAAGUCAAUGUUGAUGAAGUAUGCGCUGGUCAAUGCUCGCAAGACUAUGAAAGACCACAUCAUGCUCUCCUUCUUCUUCAACGCGCGCGGCGAGGAUAUAGAGAAGUCUACAACUGGGACAUACCGGUCGCUGCUGCUGCAGCUUCUUGAGCGGCGGCCGGCGCUUCAAACCGUCUUUGGUUCGCUUGGUAUAUCCUUAUUGAACUUUAGCGCGGACCACCGGUGGCACAUCAAGGCGCUGAAGACGCUGCUAGAGCAAGCCAUACGGAGCUUAGGAGACUCGCCUGUCGUAUGCUUCAUCGAUGCGCUUGACAUGUGUGAAGAAGGGCAGGUUCGGGACAUGAUCCAGUUCUUUGAGCACAUGGGCGAUCUAGCUGUAUCAAACGGCAUCCGCUUCCAGGUCUGUUUCUCGAGCCGGCACUACCCGUACAUCACAAUCCGCAACGGCUUGGAGCUAGUGUUAGAGGGACAAGAGGGACACUCGCAAGACAUCACCAACUACGUCGAGACUGAGCUAAAUAUUGGUGAGAGCAAGGUCGCACAGCAAAUUCGAGCCGAGCUACAGGAGAAGGCGUCAGGAAUCUUUAUAUGGGUUGUUCUUGUAGUUGGCAUGUUGAACAAAGAGUCAGACCGCGGGCAUGUCCACACGCUCCAGCGAAAACUACGAGAGAUCCCUAGCGACUUGCACGAGCUGUUCCGCGAUAUCUUGACACGAGACACACACGGAAAAGCCGAACUAGUCUUGUGUAUCCAGUGGAUACUUUUUGCAAAGCAGCCACUCAGCCUAGAGCAGCUGUAUCAUGCGAUCCUAUCAGGCGUUCAUCCUGAAGAAGUGGCAGAAUGGAAUCCAGAGGAGAUCACCAAAGACGUGGUUAAGCGAUUCAUCCUUAAUUCGUCUAAAGGUCUUGCAGAAGCCACUGUGUCCAAGGAGCAGAGAGUCCAAUUUAUACACGAGUCGGUGAGAGACUUCCUACUCAAGGAGAACGGCCUUGGAAAGAUCUGGCCAGAGUAUGGAACCAACUUUCAGGGUCAAAGCCAUGACCGAUUAAAACAAUGCUGCUUCAACUACAUCAGCAUUGACAUUGCCACGCCCUUAAGAAUUCCUGAAAUUCUUCCAAAAGCCUCCUCGCAACCAGCAGCAGGCCUACGCAAGUCAGCGACGCAAACGUACCCCUUUCUAGAGUAUGCUGUGCGUAAUGUGCUGUAUCACGCAGACAUAGCGGAAAGCGAAGGCAUUUCCCAGGCGGGCUUUCUCGAUAGCUUCCCGCUUCCUCGAUGGGUCAAGCUCGACAACCUGUUUGAGAAGCACGAAGUGCGCAGGCACACAAAAAGUGUGAGUCUCCUGUAUAUGCUGGCCGAGCUCAACAUGGCGAACCUCAUCAGAGUUCUCGGUUCAGUCAGCCGCUGUAUGGACGUUGAGGCUGAGCGCUACGGCUGUCCUCUUUUCGCCGCAGCUGCUACAAGCAGCGAAAAGGCUCUUGAAGUGUGUUUAGAAUCCAUUGAGAUGCGACAAGCUAACAGCAGCGCUGUUGGAGCAGUGGGUGAACCGCAGUCCCAGCCAAAGUCAGCUCAGCGCGCUGCAAGACGUGAUUUUGUGUAUUCGAGGUCGAAGGAUUUCCUCCUCAGUGCGGCAGAGCUUGGGCACGAUAGGGUUCUUGCGCUGUUGAUCAGAUCAGGGAGAUUCGGGAUUGAUUCGAAAGACUCGAGAGAUAGGACCGUGCUAUGGUGGAGUUCCAGGAAUGACUGUGAGAUGUCGGCAAGGUUGUUACUUGCUGCAGACUCUGCCUUGGUCAACAGUAAGGAUAAAGACGAUAAGACCCCACUGUUUAUAGCAGCAGAGCAAGGGAAUGUCGGGGUGAUCGAAGUGCUGCUAGACAAGGGCGCCGACGUCAACGCCCAGGGUGGAGGGUACGGCAACGCACUCCAGGCGGCUUUAGCUUGCUACACAGAGAUAGCGACGCUGCUGCUAGACAAGGGCGCCGACGUCAACGCCCAGGGCGGACACUACGGCAACGCACUCCAGGCGGCUUCAGCUCGUGGCCACAAAGAGGUCGCGACGCUGCUACUUGAAAUGGGCGCAGUCACAACCACAUUACCGUUGUUUACAGAGUUUGGCGAUGGACGGGUGACCGAUCCACAGCCCGGCGCUUUCACUGACUCUGGAUAUGGAUCUAAGACAUCUAAAAUGGUUGAAGAAGCCCCCACUUCGGAAGCAGAUAUGGACAACGAGGGAUCGAUUUACUCCUCUCUGAGCGUACCCGAGUCUGUCAGUGCGGGAUAUAUCUCCGAAAUAGCUCAGGAUCUUCUUAAAUGCCUGGACUUCGAUUCACUCGACAGCCAAGGCCUGGAGCGAAUCUAUAACGUUCUCCCCGACCAUCUGAAAGCUCUUGCUCUCAAAGUUGGAUAUGGCACAGAGGACAAGGAGCUUCGUGAUACCAUGGUUUUCAUUUACAGAUUUCGAAAAAAUGUCGUGGAAUCCCUAAGAGAGGCCUUAGCCCCGCCUCCUGGCAGACCUUCUGCCCAAGUUGACAAAACCUUCAUGGUUCAAAGCUGGCAACAGGACCAGGAGGAUACUACUUACGAUGCCGUAGACCUGCCCAUGCCAGAUCUUGAAGACCCAGGACAGGAAGCUAUCAAUCCACUUGACGAGCACAUUGAUCCCUACUUGGAGAACGACGACAAUGUAGACGAUGGACGUGAUCCUACCAAUAGACUCUCUCAGUAUGGGAAACUUGUUGUUCAAGCACCCGCCUACCAGUGGCUUCUCGAUAGUCUGAAACGGGAGUAUCAGUUGACAUGCGCUGAGCCAAACAUCAUGAAAAAUAUUAGGCAAGAAAUCAUUCGGUAUCUUCCACCUCCCCGCAAAAUCAGUAGGAGUCGGUCAGCCGAGGCAUAUAGGGUCACGUUUCAGGUGAACUGGGAUUCGUUAGCCUUUCUUUCGGAGCAGGGCCAUAAAGAGGAUCCGGAUAAGGUUAUUGGAACGGUCGUCGCUCUCACUGGUUCCAAUCGGGAUGCUCAGGCCCAGACAUGCAUAGAGUACCUAUGUCAAACCUGGCCACAAACCGGAAAACACGUCAUGGACCUCAUCAAGAUCGUGAUGCGCAAGAGCGACAUGCCACAUCAUUACGAGCUCCCAGACAAUACAAAGCUGGUUGCUUGGAUAUCAAAGCCAGACUUUAUAAUCGAAGCUACCGGAACGGCGUACUCUGUUGCCGAAAUUGGCGAGCAGUUUGCAUGGAUUGGUGCUGCCCUCCGCUCAUCUCCUAACGAUUCGGGAGUUGUCUACUGUAAACCUCGUCUUGAAAAGAUUCACACCAAGAGCUUUGGUCACUUAACUGAGAUUGCUGUCAAAGCCCAUAUCGGUGUCAGCCUUGACUUCGACUUCGGCUCCGACGUAGAAAAAGACGAGGAGCAGCCAGGCAGGAUUCAAUGUCAAUGCUGGCAUGACAUGUUCCAAAACCCAGUCAUAGUGCAAGGUUUCCCCAUACUCCGCAGACCAGAGCAUGAUACAGGCCUCGAAAUUCCUCUUAACAUGAUGGCGGGUUUGAUAGGCACGCAACGCGCUCAUAUGUUUGAUGGGAAGCUGUUCAUAAAAGGGUUUGCCUCCAUGUUAGUCCCAACACGGUUCAGCCAUGGUGUAAUCCUUUGGCACUUUAUGCAGCAAGAAGGGGGUUCCCGGAUCCCAUAUACAUUCAAUCGCGGUGUUCAUGCGAACAACGUCAAUAUCUCUGACUUGAUCGACACUCGACACAUCGUUGGAUGGUGUUCUAGAGUAAAGAACUUCAUUGGGUCGGCUUGUGCGACAUACCCGGUGGAAGGCUCGGGUCUGGAUACACUCAGUACGGAAUGCGAGUUCUCACCUACGGCGAUGUCCAGAGGUGAGGCGAUACAUGGUGGUAGUUCUUACACUUUUAGUGCAAGAGAUAUGCCACGCCGCGUCCGCCAGAAGUCCUAUCAAGAAAUUUUCAAGGUCGUGCACCGGCGAUAUGUGGUUCUGUGGGACGAAUCAAAAAAGCAGGGCUGGUUAGCCAAUGGCACUACUGCUUUGUUGCAUCUCCUCCGCGCUUGCCUAAGAUCCCGCGCGGGGACAACACCUAAGAGUAUGUUCAAGUUCGAAUGGGAAGCGUUUCGUGACGCUGCACAUCCUUACACAGCCGAAUCAGCCUUCGAAGUGCUCACAAACGAGCAGUAUAGGGCGUUGCCGGUCUAUAAACAAACACCCGGGCAAAACGACCUGAGUGAUACCUUUCUCGGGUACCAGAUCGACACUCUCUACGAGAUGUUGGAGAAGUUGAUGGACCAUCAGGAUCUGUUUGUCGAAAAAUACCGUCAAAGACCUGGACACGAGGCUUUUGCACAUCUCGAAGGCUGGGACUUCAACGAUGUAGCGGUUGAUGCAAGCGUGCUGUCUCCUCGUAUUGCGAGAUUCGACACACCGGGCAAAAGCUGGCCUGCGUUGGUCCAAUCUGUUCGCGCUAUCACCCUGUUUGGUCGUGACUUCGGCGAUAUGAUCAUUCAAGACUCACAUUCAUACCAUCGGUGCUGCGAUUGGAUCCGACUCCCAGCUAACCAAAAUCUUCUCGCCGUCCUGAUCUCGGAUCUCAAGAUGAUGAUGACAAAUUAUGGCGGAAGCCAAUCGACGGUUCCCAGGAAUCUAACGACUAGCGUCGCGUGGCACGGCUCAACCAGGAUUUUCGACUCAUGUAUCUGUGCAGACUCUAGCUCCGAAGGACACGUUGACAGAAUUCAGGUUCUGUACUCCAAGAAGUCUAAUCAGACCACUGAUCUCAAAGAGCAAUGCGACCUACCUGAUGACGGCGCGGUUCUUUUUCACUUCAACGGACAUGAUGUCCGUCCCCAGAUCAGUCGCAGUGCUGAACUAUCUCUCACAUCACCUGGUUCCUCAGGUAUACAGUCUUCAUCGUUUGCGCCAGGAAGCAAUGGUACUGUUUCUUCCAAUGGAACGCCGAACUUGCGGUGGGCCUCUAAAAGACCACGUGAAUACUGUAAUGUUGAUGAACAACCGCCACAAGCCAACUUCACUUGCGGGGGCAGUACGAAUUCGAACGUAAAGUCACGUCCUCCAGUUCCGAGUCAUCAUCAAUUCUACAUCGCUAUGAUAUGUGCACUCGCCGUAGAGGCUAGCGCUGUUGCAGCUCUACUCGACGGCAUCUGGAUGAAAGAAGGCAUCAUCCAUGGGCAAAACGACGAAAGCAAUACCUAUACUACGGGUUGGAUGGGGCGCCACAAUGUGGUUCUUGUGCAAAUGUCCGGUCCCGGGAAGUUAGCAGGAGCGCAUACGGCUGGCGCCUUACUGAAAAGCUUUCCGAAAGUCAAUCUUGUUCUUGUUGUCGGUGUCUGUGGCGGAACGCCAAACCAUCCAGAAACCAAAGAAGAGAUACGGUUAGGGGAUGUUAUCAUCGGCACUGAGAUUGUGCAGUAUGACUACGCACGCCAAUACGACAAUAAAAUUGUAAGGAAGAAUACGCGCCGCGAUGACCUUGGCCGACCUCCCGAAAUGAUCCGAGCGUUUCUGAAAAAGCUUUCCUGGGUAACUACUAUAGAGGACCUACACGAAACUACUGAAGAAUUUUUGAGGAAACUGUGCGCGACUACAGGCUUCCAAGACCAUUCCUAUCCAGGGCCUGAGAAUGACAAACUGUACCAGGCGGAGUACGUUCACAGACAUCGAGACGAACAGGAAUGCGAUACGAGAGACUGUUUCGAAUACCAAAGAGCUGGCGCUUGUUCGACUGCCAUGGAAAUGUUGUGCGUGGAUCUCAAAUGCAAUCCACAGAAAUUAGUCCACCGCAAGGAAGCCAAAAUUGGACGACCUAAAAUCCAUCUUGGCCGCAUUGGAUGUGGUGACUCGGUCAUAAAGUCAGCGGAGUUUCGGGACAAGACUGCCCGAGAAGACGAACUCAUUGCUUACGAGAUGGAGAGCGCAGGGAUAUAUGAGAGAAUACCGGCGACAAUCGUUAUCAAAAGCGUUUGCGAUUAUGCUGACAGCCAUAAGAACAAAGGCUGGCAAAAGCACGCUGCAGCUACGUCUGCAGCAUGCGCGAAAGCGGUGUUAGGCAUGUGGGAGUUUUCUAAUGCAGGAAAGUAUAAACGUCGGAAAUCUUAGCUAAGCGAGCAGCCUUCAGUAUGCUUACCUACACACACACACACACACAAUUUAUUUACGCCCGGCGGCCGAGCCGAAAGGGCUACUAACGAUGAUCUGCUACU